GUGUGUAUGUGAAAACAAAAUAAAUAAGCCGGUGCAAAUGAGCAAACAAUAUGGCUGACUAUUAGAUUGUUUCCUUUAAUGGAAUGAUACAUUUAAUAAUGCAAAAAAAAAAGAAUUCAAGCAUUAGUUUCAAGAAUUGUGUUUGUAUUCUUUUUCUCCUUAUUUGGAGAAAAUGUUUUGUCAAUACAUGGAAUAUCCACUCACUAGCCUAUUCAUGAGAUACCCCUAGAUUAUAAAAAUAUAAAAGAAAAUUACAUUGGAUUCGGCUGUGUAUACCAGGGCAACAGCUGUCAUUAUACUACAGUGCAGUUCUACUUGACUCUAUACCAACACUAAUCAACAUUGUUAAAUAAAUACUGUACCUCUCUGACAGUGUCCUACUCAAAAGAAAUGCACCUACCUCUACUUUCAAAAAAAAUUGGGAUAUUGGGUUUUUGGGUGAAUUUCAGGUUGAACAUAAAAAACAUGCACUAGAACUUUUAUAGGUGAACUAAACGUGACCCUCUCUAAACUUUUAAAUGCACAUAUCCAAUUGUUCAGUCUCAGUACUUUUUGAAAAACUUGUUCUGUAACAAGGAGCUGAACGGCAGAAUUUUCAACAGAUAUUUUAUUCAUGAAUGAACCAAUAUAUUUCCAAAGAUAUCCACUUCUGUGCCUCUCUGUCUGUGUGUUCCAAACUGUUGAUGGUCUCAUGAAGUCAAAAUAUGACCAGCAUGAUGGACUGUUCAAAUACUAAAUUAUAUUUGAACCAGGACAUGUAUUUGUCCAUUCAUGAAUCAAACACCAGUUUUGAAAUUUGCUGUUCAGACAAUAGCAAGUUAUGCAAACAGUCCUGAAACAUUGAAGAGUUGGCCAUAGAGAGAGGUUUAGAGAAAGUCAAAUUAAGUUCACCUGUAAAGGUCAUACAGGUUUUUUCGGUUCCUUGUGAAAUAUCUCCCGAUAGCCGAAUAUCCCUAACUUUUUUGUGAGUGGUAUCUACAGUCGGUUAAAAACUGCCUGCCUCUAGUUAACGAUCACAGACAUUGAGUUCUGCCUGACCUUUCGAAAAAAGGUUCUCCCUCCCAACCAGUUUUCUUUAGUGAUUCUUCCCCCCAGCUGACCCUGGCAGACUGUAAGGGUCCUUUCAAAGCACAAUUCAAUUGGGCAUCAUCCCAUUUCUCACCAGUGGAGGGGCUCGUGUCGUGCUGUGGUCUAGAAAGCACUGUGAUAAAUCAAUUAACCAACACUCUGCGGGAAGGCAGGCGAUGAACUGACAGUCAUCUCCGCUGAUCGUAGGUCUUUCCAUCCCCUCUGGAGGAGGCUGACUGCGUGUCAUGAGCCUCGUAUGAACAGACUGCGACAACUUUUGUUUUUGUGUGAAAUUAUGACGAACAUGCACCCCUGGCACCUCCUGAAUCCCCACUGCCCUUCUCUGAUGCACCAAGGAGUUAUCUAUCACCACUAUAAAGCAAGACCCGUACACAAUGACCAAAGGCUCUGGAGGAGAGCUGGAGGGCUACUGCAUCGACCUGAUCUCUGAGCUCAGCCAAAUACUCGGCUUCAGAUACAAAGUGCAACUGGUGAAGGACAACCGCUAUGGAGUCAUGGAUUCCAGUGGCAACUGGAAUGGAAUGAUUGGUGAAGUCAUCAGAGGGGAAGCUGACCUGGCUGUGGCACCACUGACCCUCACCGCCGUCAGAGAGCAAUAUGUUGACAUGACCACCCCCUUCAUGCAAACAGGAAUUGGUUUCAUUCUGCACAAAGACGUGGCCUCCGACGAGAGCUCAUUCAGCCUCCUUGCACCCUUCUCCACUGAGAUGUGGGUGGGCAUCCUCAUUGCGUUCCUGCUCACCGGUAUUUGCAUAUUCCUUGUAGCCAGGAUCAGUCCCACUGAAUGGGCAGAGCCUGACACAGAAGAGCACCAAUUCACUUUACUGCACAGCUACUGGUACAUCACCGGAGCGCUCACCCUGCAAGGUGCUGGUCCUCAUCCCAAAGCUGUGCCUGGAAAACUAGUCAGCGCUAUCUGGUGGGUGUUUGCUGUACUACUGCUCGCUUGCUACUUGGCCAACUUCAACUCCGCGCUGCACUCAAACAACAAGCACAUCUCGAUCAAGACCUUUGAAGACCUCGUCAACCAGGACAAGAUCGACUAUGGCACAGUGGAUGGUGGAUCCACCAUGCUUUUCUUUAAGAAUUCAAAGAGUGCCGUGUACAGUCGCAUCCACCAGCACAUGGAGCGUAAGAAAAGCUACGUGGCAGGCAUGGAGGAAGGCGUCCGCCGUGCUCAGGAGGGAAACUUUGCCUUCAUCGGUGAAGCGGUGUCCUUGGACUUGGCUGUGGCUCGCUACUGCAAACUGACCCGUUCCCAGGAAGUCAUCGCCAUGAGAGCAUAUAGUAUCGCUGCACGUCAGGGUUCCCCACUGGUUCAAAACCUCACCGUGGCCAUUCUUCAGCUGAGCGAAUCUGGCGAGCUGACUUAUUUGCAGAACAAAUGGUGGGCCAGCAGCUGCUUGGGAGACGACGCGGCCCGCACCUCAGAGACCCUCCAGCCUCAUGACCUGCGGGGUCUCUUUCUCCUUCUCGGGCUUGGGCUGGGUGUGGGCCUCCUCCUCGCCCUGCUCGAGCUCGUAUCCAAGGCUCGCAGUGGGGCCAAGGAACAGAAGAAAUCAUGCUGCUCGGUGUUGACAUCUGAGCUUAAUCGACGCUUUGGCAGUGGAGGAGAGGUGGCAGAGCAAAACGCAACUGACAAAAGCAAAGCCUAGUGCAACCAAAACACAGACAAAGACUAACGGAGGUUUUUUUUUACCGCAGUAGAUGCAAACACACUUGCCGUUCUGUGUUUCCAUAGUAACGCUGGGUGAUGUUUCAUAUCGGUCCAGAAAUCUGAGUGACCCUAUAAAAUACACCAGAAAGCAACUUUAUGCUAUCAAGACAAAAAAAGUGGCACUGACAUUUUAAUUUGGAAAAUGCUAAUCACUACUAAUAAUGCACGUUGUCCUCAAUUUUAAUAAUGCCUUUACAAUGUAUCUUGCUGGAUUUAUAGAAAUAAACAUUACUCGCUUCAAAA